AUGGCGUGUUUAUCUUUUUAUUUUGCAACUGUUUACUACGUUAAUAUAAAGAAGAUAGAAGCGAAAAACACAGCAGAACCAGAAGCGUCCAGCAUCAUGAAGUCUUUACUGAUCGUGAUUAUUUGGGCUAAGUACUCCAGCGAAAUGACUACCUACUUGCCAAUGACGACAAGUAUGGGCCCUUGUCCGGGUCAAUAUUGUGACGGCGGAAUAUGGAUUGAUGAUACGUAUAAUGAUGAACCUUGCUGGUCAUGUGUAUACCCUGACACUUGUCAUUCGCUCGGAUGUGACGAUCCGCAAUCUUUCUGCUUUCUUUACAAUGAAAGCUUCCCGAUGGAUCAAUAUGCAGUCCAGGGGGAAUGCCGGUGGAAUCCCUGUGUGGAAAAACCUUUGUUAGACAAGGGGUGGCAGUUAACCGCAGUAUGCGAUGGUAUCCGUAAGUGUCCAACUGGAUACAUUUGUGCCGAGUCCGUAUGUUGCGAGUCACUUCAGACGUCUACUAGUACUACUACUACUACAGCUUCAUGAGAAAUUUCGAAAAAUCGUUGUUUGCUUUGAAAUAAAGUUGUAUCUCCCUUGA